AUGGUAACACUGACGUUAGUCGAAUCUACAAAUAACAAAAAUGAUCAAAGUACUAAUGUUGGUCACAAUGGUCACAAAGUACAAUUAAUAUUGGUCACAAUGUCACAAUAUGGCGCAGGUAAUAAUGAAUCAGAAAAUGUUUGUGAAAGCAAUUGGUUUGAUGGUAUGGUAAUCUCUAUAAUCAAAAAUGAGAUGGAUUACUCUUGUAAAGAUACUAUAAUCAAUUCAAUAGCUAAAGAUGGUCCAGAUUCAUGGGAUGAAUAUGCUGAAGAUGAAAUUUUCAAUUCAAAAUUAAAACAUUUAAAACAACUUUGUGAUAAACUUUCAAAUUCAAUAAGAGUUAAUGAUGAUACAGCUUGGAUUUAUGAUUGGCAAUUAACUGAAAGAUUACAUGAAUAUGUUAAUAUCAUAUAUCGUGAUUAUUCAAAUAAAAAUUAUUCACCAUUACAGGUAAAAUCAAUCAUUAACCUUUUUGAAGAUUUGAUGUCUAUUAGAUUUGAUAAUGAUGUUGAUAUUAUUAAAAAUCGUGAAAAUGAUUAUACAUCAAUUCGUUAUAAUAAAACCACUGGUCAAUCUUAUAAACUACAUUCCUUACCACCUAGAUAUAGGGUUAAUCCAUUUGAUACAUAUUUAGCAAGAGUCUAUAAAGGUUUGCAUGUCUAUAUACAUAUUGGUGAUCCAGAUUAUUUUAAUAGACUUGAUAAAUUGAAAGGUGUAUUUGAUGUUUAUGUAAAUUAUUGGGCUCAAAUUAAGAAAUUGGAAAGAAAAGCUGCUGCUGAAAAUGGUUCAAAUAUAAUUGAGAAAAGGGAAUAUGUUUUUUAUACAGAUCAUCCUUGUAUUUUGGAUGUUUUUAGAUAUUAUCGAUACUAA